UCAUGGCAACAUACACCAAACGGGUUCAGUUCAAUCCUACACCUAGAUACCUACCGGCUGACGGCAGUGUAAGACUCGAACCGAAAGUCUGAAGCACUUUGGAUUUUAAUAUUUAAACCCUUAAUUGUUCAAGUUGUUAAGAUGGUUCGGUGAUUUCAACGUGACCCUACCAACCUUCAACGCCACUCUCUUGUUGCUUCCUUCCUUCACAUAUUACUAUGUCUAUGGCAAAUGCUAAGUUCGGUUCUUCCUUUUCUUGUUCCGCGGCUUCUCUUUCUUCUUCUCCUUUCCAUCGCACAAGAGUUUCCCAGUUGAGCUUAUCACAAGGCUUGUUUGUCAACCAAACUGGUGCUCAGCUGCAACUGUACACUAAAGACAAAUCAUGCCAGCUUAAGUUUGUACAUGGAAUGCUGAACUUGAAAGGAAGGUUACAGAAACAGCAUAAUGCUCUUUUUGUUGUCUCUGAGGAUCAAUCACAAUACUGUGAGCUUGAAACAACUGCUUUAGUGCCAGAAAACGAUACCAUUGCAGAAGACAACUCUCCCGGCAGCAACUCAUAUUUUCAUUUAUCAGGGAGUCAUGGAAAACCAGGCCUUAUAUCAUUUUAUAACCGUCCAUACGGGAGAGAUAGUAAGAUCCUUUUAUCAAAUUCAGAGAGAAGUCAAAACAGCAUAUUGUGGUUUAUUGGCCCUGCAGUCCUCGUUGCUUCAUUCAUUUUUCCCUCACUUUAUUUACGCAAAGUGCUUUCCAUCAUUUUUGAGGACUCGCUGUUAACUGAUUUCCUCAUAUUAUUCUUCACAGAAGCAAUCUUCUAUUGUGGUGUUGCGGUAUUCCUUUUUCUACUAGACUAUCUAAGACGACCAAUGCUACUGGAUACUGCUGCAAAUAAUAGUGAUUCUCUGCCCCAACAAUUAGGACACAGAGUCUCUUCUGUUGCUACCUUAGUGCUUAGUCUUGUAAUUCCAAUGGUGACUAUGGGUUUUGUCUGGCCGUGGACUGGCCCUGCAGCCUCUGCAACUCUUGCUCCAUACCUUGUUGGUAUAGUUGUCCAAUUUGCAUUUGAGCAGUAUGCCAGAUAUCGAAAGUCACCUUCAUGGUCUGCUAUCCCAUUAAUCUUUCAGGUGUAUAGGCUUCACCAACUAAAUAGAGCAGCACAACUGGUGACAGCUUUAUCAUUUACAGUAAGAGGAGCUGAGAUGACCUCUCACAACAUGGCCAUAAACAGCUCUUUGGGUACCCUUCUAAAUGUCCUACAAUUCCUUGGUGUGAUUUGCAUUUGGUCCCUGUCUAGCUUCCUCAUGAGAUUUUUCCCUUGUGCUUCCACAACUACGCAGUAAAGAAUUUCUUGUAAAGUUUGUUAACAAUGUCAUCUCACCCGUUCAUCUUCGUUCAGAAUAUGUAGAUGUACCUGGGUUUAUUUUUUGGUGGUAUAAAAUUGUUAAUUCUAAUUCAAAAUUUGGACGCUGAUCCUCUGACUCCGUCUAGAAUAAAAAAUGGUUACAAGAAUUUGUAA